UAAUUCAAAACAUGAGUUUUGACUAAUAAGUUCGUGUUCAAUUCUACUAGAGCAGCCAAACAAUUUCAAAUUUUUAGACGUUUAUUGAAAUUAAUUUAUUUGUGAUUGAUUUCAGUUGACUAAAAACAUUUUCUUACAUCAUUAAGAAUAAGCGAAGAAUACUGAUGAAUGAUGUUAAAACACAUAAUAUUAACUAUCAUGGUGUGCAGUUUACCUGCAGCAGUUUUAUGCGUAAGAUGUUAUCAGUGUGCAUCUUCGCAAAAUCUUAAGGAAGAUACUUGUGGAGCUUAUAAAAAGUUUGAUACAGAUAGCCACAUAGCUGUGGAGUGCAACAGUGAUGAAUCUCACAUGCCUGGCUCAUUUUGUAUGAAACGAACUCACCAAGGCCCGAAAGGGUUCAUUUGGGAUGGGAGAUGGAGACAGGUGAUACGUCGUUGUGCUUCCGUUGCUGAGACCGGAGUAACUGGUGUAUGUAACUGGGGUGUAUAUGAUAAUGGAGUCUAUUGGGAAGACUGCUAUUGCUCAUCUGAUGAAUGUAAUGGUACAAGUGGUAUUAAGUCGUCUUUGUUACCUGUGAUUUCAUUAAUAAUUUGCAUAUUGGUCUACUUUUCCUGAUCAAUACAUUUUGUUUUAAUGACAUAAAGAUCUACCAAGCUUUAAUGUAUUCAUUAAUGUGAUAUUGGAAGAUUUUUCCCAGAUUAUAGAUAAUAUUUCUUUUUGAUUUAUGAAUCUCAAAUAAUAGACAACCUUUACAGGUUAAGAUUUAAGAUUAAGAUUUUUACUAAAUCCGUCCAAUUGUUAUAAGAGUUAUUAUUAUGUAUAUGUACAUUGUACAUAAUUAAUAAGACCUAUGUUUUUUCUAAUAUUUCUAGGAAAGUUUAAGAGUGGUACAAAUUCCGUCCAAUUACUGCCUUUAUAUAUUACAAUGUAAUUUUUAGUUUAGGUUGCGCCCAAAUUGUGUAGACUGAUUUGUGUGCCUGUUGUCGAAUAGGAAUCUCAUAGCUGACAUACAUUCAACUUAUAAUGUUUUGCUUAUAAUUAAACUUUAGACCUCUGCUCUGCAGACUGUUACCAACUAGGCUAUGGAGUGUAACACAAACAUAAGCAAAUAAUUAUAAUGAUUUUAAUUAUUAUUUAAUAUAUGGAACACUGUAUAAAACUCAUUUACACUUGCAUUGUUAACAUUAACUGUUUAAUAUCAACCACCGUUUUUGUAAUUUUUACAAAUUGAUUAUAUAAUAAAUGAAAACAA